CAAAUCGGGAGAGAGAGGGGUAAAUAAGUCAUUUCAAAUAACCAAGUAAACCGACUAUAGUGGGAACAAAUAUUAAACCAACACAAAUCUAAUUUUCUUUUUUCGGUUUUGAUUUUAUUUCGUCUUCAUCGGCAAUUAGAAAGGAGAAAUCUGAAUUUUCUGAUUGCCGGCGAUGGAAGGGAGAGAUGACGGCGGAGGGAAAGUGAUGGGGUUGAUAGAGAAAGCGACGAAAUCAACUGCUCAAGAGGUUGACCCGAGGCUGCUUAAGGCGAUCAAAUCUAUUGUCCGGUAUUCUGAUUCGGAGGUCCGACUCAGUGCGCAAACCCUAAUGGAGCUCAUGAGACAUAACCACUCUCAGGUUCGAUAUCUGACGCUUUUCAUAAUCGACGAGCUUUUCAUGAGAUCAAAGCUCUUUAGAACUUUGAUAAUUGAGAAUCUUGAUCAGCUUUUGAGUUUAAGUGUUGGGUUUAGAAGCAAUCUGCCUCUUCCUUCACCACCUGCUGUUGCCACUAUGUUGCGUUCAAAGGCUAUUGAGUUCUUGGAGAAGUGGAAUUUGUCUUUUGGGUUUCAUUACAAGGAACUUAGGCUUGGGUUUGAUUACCUUAAGAAUACCCUCAAGUUAAAGUUCCCUGAUUUACAGGCUAAUGCUGCACGGAUUCAACGAGAGAGACAGGAGAGGGAGAUGAAGACAAAAGAGAUUUUACGGAACAAGUUUGAUUCCUUGAGGGAUAGUUUUGGACUCUUCAAGUAUGAGAUUGAGGUAACGAUAAAGGAAAUCAAGGAGUGUAUGGAAAUUGUUCAAUGGAGAGGGGAUGAUGGUGUUCCACUUGCGAUCUUAGAUGAGGAAGAUUUUGAGGAGAUCCGUUGUUCUCAUCUGAGGCAAAUUCGUCUUGAUUCACUCAAACAAUCAGAAAAGGUUGAAGAAACUAGUGAAAACAGAGUUGUAUUCGAUGUAUUGAGGGAACAAUGCAAGCUUCUAGUGACAAAGCAUCUGAUCUCUGUUCAAGAAGGGAUCUCUCUUCUCAUCAGGGUUGAUGUAAGUGAUAACAGAACGAGAGAUUCCAUGUUGAAAGACUUAAUCGAUAUCAGGAAUAACAUAUUGGCGGCUAAAAAGAAAUGGGAAGAAGCUGGUUUUACAAUUUCAAUGAUGACUGGUACUCACGAGAAUGAAGAAACAAACGAGGAAGAAGAAGAUAUCUGGGAGGAGGAUGAUGGUAAGGUUGGAACUGAUUCAGUCAAGAACGUGGCUCCUGUGACAAGAACUCAGCAGAGUGAUAAUUCAUCUUUACUAUCAUCAAGUGAAGCAAAGAAGUCCAAUAAAGCGUCAAACACUAAAAAAGUUGGAAGCACUGGGGGCUCUCUUAGGGACAAGCUAAUUUCUGAAGCGCCUGUGAUGAAUUGGGGAUCACAGUUGAGUAAUUGGGACUCAACUACGGAAGUUCGAGCUAAUUACCGGGGGUUAGAGCUCGAGAGCCACUGGGGCAGGGUGGAUCAAGAUGCUGUAAUUCCGGCAGAGAAAAUAGCAGAAUUGAAUCUUCAGGCAACUGUUUAUAGAGAAGAGAGAACAGAGACACCUCCAUGCCGUGCUCCUCUAAAGAAAGGUGGUCUUUGCCAGAGAAGAGAUCUCAGAGUCUGUCCGUUUCAUGGACCCAUUGUACCUCGGGAUGAUGAAGGAAAACCCAUAAUCCAGGAAUCUCCAUUAGAUGAGAGUAUUAACCAAACGUCUUCUACUACAGGGACCAACCAGGAUAUGCCUAUGGAUGAAACAACUUCAGAUUCUGAUCCUAAUCAGUUAGCUAGGCAAAUAGCGAAACAGGCUCUGAAGAAUAUCCGGGAGAAAGACAAAGAAGUGAUGAGGAAAAGAGCAAAGCUUGUUAAGGUUAAGGUUAAGGAACACAAUCAAGAAGUUCUGCGUGAUGCUGCUAUAGCCUCAACUUCUAGAUCAAAUGUUAUCGAUGAAGAGUUUGAUAGAGUUUUUGCUGCAAGGAAAAACAAGAAACAAACCUUUUCCUCGAUGCGGCGAAAGAAAACAACGGCUAAAGAUAGAAUAUCCCAGAGACUGCUUAGUAAUCGUGUAAAAAGUACUAAUCCGCAGCAGUUGGGUCAGGGCAAUGAUGAAAAGUGCCGGGAAACAUCGGCUAACCAGUGGUAACAAAUUACUAAAAGCUUCCUAGUUUUGAUCCAGUAAUGCCUUAAAUUUGAUUGUUUGAUGCAAAUAGAAGUAAAAAGCUAAUGAAUAGUUGAUGAAUAAUCAGAUCCUGUUGUGAUCUCUUUUAGCUGUGAAAACAGUUCUAAAGUCAAGUCUCAGAUUAUCUUUUUCUCAGACAAAACCCAACAGAAAGAGGAUUGUACAAAUGACAUGUUCUUUAAAAAGCAAUGACAGAUCAUUGAAGCUGGAUGGAUCGUUGUUGUUCGCUUUUUUCUUUAAUGUGGUGCGUUUUCAGGAUAAUAUCACUCAUGAGACCGAUCACUCAUGAGAAACAAUUAUAUAUCGAAAAGUUUCUACU